CACAUGCCCAACCAAAAAAGUACGCACGGAAUCCUCCAAAGUGAAUUCUAGCCUCCCCAACAGCACCAAGCGACGACGACGAACUCCCCCCAACAAUCACCCAUCGAUAUUUCAGCAAUGUCGGCAGAGAACAAGCAGGUCACGUUUGGGUCCGGGAAGAGGGAAAUUCCUGCUCAGAAGGCGAGCAAGUGGUACCCUGCUGAAGAUGAACCAGUCAACAAGAAGGUUCGCAAAACCCAGAAACCCACCACCCUCCGCCCCUCUCUCAAACCCGGUGCGGUGCUCAUCAUCCUCGCCGGCCGAUUCCGUGGAAAGCGCGUCGUCUACCUGAAACCCCUCUCUGGCGGUGUCAUCCUCGUUACCGGCCCCUUCAAGCUCAACGGCGUUCCCCUCCGCCGUGUAAACUCCCGCUACGUAAUUGCAACCUCCACUAUCGUCGACAUCACAGGCGUUCAGUUGGAUAAGUUUGACGAGAAGUACUUUGCCAAAGACAAGGAGGCUAAGAAAUCCAAGGAGGAAAAGUUUUUUGAGGCAGGAAAGAAGCCUGAGAAGAAGCCCGUCCCCGAAGUUCGCAAAGCCGACCAAAAAGAGAUCGACGCAGCUGUCACAAAGGCCAUUAAGCAAACCCCCCACCUUUCGGCUUAUAUCAGCUCGACUUUUUCCUUGAGCAAAGGCGACAGACCACAUCUCAUGAAGUUUUAGAUUCUCUCUUAGUUCUCCCUUUCAUCCUGUUUUUUUAACUAGCUCGACCCUUUUUAAAAAAACUUUUCUUCACAUA